UCUGCCGAACACUGAACUCUAAACCCCCGCAGAUCUGCUAAAUGAGAGCAGAAGAUCACAUAAUAUUAAAAGUCUAUUUUUAAUCGGGUGGACGUCCUCAGCAGGGAAUACCAUCACACACCAUAAGAAAUUCCGAUGAAUGUUCCGUGCAGUUGAUGAUCGUCGAUGGGCGUUUGUGUGCAGUCUGCCUGGAGUGAAACCCCGUAGAGGCUAAACUCACUGCAGCUGAUGUUCUCAGGGACUCGAGUCACGUGAUGUACGAAGGUAAACACAUCCAUUUCUCAGAGGUGGAUAACAAGCCGCUGUGCUCCUACAGCCCGAAGCUCUGUAAGCAGCGUAGAUUGAACGGAUACGCCUUCUGUAUUCGCCAUGUUCUGGAGGACAAAACUGCGCCGUUUAAACAGUGUGAAUAUGUGGCCAAGUACAACAGUCAGAGAUGCACCAACCCCAUACCUAAAGCAGAGGAGCGGAGAUACUGUAACAGCCAUCUACAAGUUCUGGGCUUCAUUCCUAAGAAGGAGCGCAAGAAGAAGCAGGACGCUCUGGAUGAGGUUCGCGGCCGCACCCACGUGGAAUCUGUCGCUCUAAACAUUACUGUACCCUCUCUGGUUCUGAGAGACUCUAACGGUCUGGACGGCCUCCCUCCUUCACCACCCUGCUCCCGUCUCGCCCCUCUGCCUCUCUCAGACGCCGACCUCCUCGACCCCUUCGCCUUUUACGAGGAGGACACAGACGGAGAGGAGAGCGGGGCACAGAGGAGCUACGGCAAAAGAAAACCUUCCGGUAGGCCCGUGAUUGGCCUGAAGGUGACCGCCCAGGACCCAGAGCACCAUCAGGCAGCCUCCGAGCACUUAAGCGCAGUCACUGAACCCUGCACUCUUCCGACUUCCCCGCACCUACCACAGCCACCUCCACCACCUUCACCUCAACCCCCAUCGAGGCUUGUCCAACACCCCCAACUUACAGAUCGGCCGCCCUAUGUUCAACAUGGAGCGGUGCAGACACUGCUAUGCAAGCCAACUCCAGCUCAGACUGAACCUUCGGUGUUGGCCGGCCCGCCUCCGUCAUCGGGUGCUCAGAACCAGCCGCUCAGCCGUAGACCCGCCCCUGUGGCUUCUCCCCGCCCACCUGCCACCCAGGACUGUCCACAGCCCCGCUCUGUGGCCAUGCGGCCCACUGCCUUCAUGGCGCCUCCCGUCUGCUUGCUUAGACUCCAGCACCUCGUGCAGCUCUAUGCUCAGAGACAGCGAGAACACAGAGACCUGUUCCCACAUCUUGGUCUAGACUGGUCUGAGGACAGUACAGAUGAUGAAGAUACAGAUGAGAUCGUAUCUUCACCGCCUCACGGCUUGAGGACACAGGAAGGAAGUUCUCAUUUCAGCACUGCAGGUGAGAAACCGCUGUCCCGGCGGGCACGUCUGACACAGCUGUGUACGUACCUACAGGAAAGGUAUAAACACCUGUGUCGACAGGACAGAUCAGCCACCCGUCACAGCAGAUACAGAUACGCCUUCCGCAAAGCUCUGAUUCAUGCGGCCAGCAAAGAUCCUGACUGCACUGCCCAGCUCAUUCAGAGGCUAAACAAGAGCUCCCAGACGUCAACCGGUUCAAGGUCUGCAGUACCACACACAUAUGAAAGGACGGCUUGUAUUGGAAGCACGGAGAGUCAAAGCUGCAGAAACAUAGCUUUGCCAUUUUCACGCCACUGUUUUCAACAUAUCCUACUGAAUCGCUCUCAGCAGCUGUUUUCCAGUUGCACGGCACGCUUCGCCGAUGGCCAGCAGUGCUCCGUUCCUGUGUUUGACAUCACUCAUCAGACGCCUCUUUGUGAUGAACAUGCCAAGAAAAUGGAUAAUUUCCUGCGUGGAGACGGAAACAGACGCAGUCAGCAGCAGCAGCGGCGUCCACGUAAGAAGACCAAACCGCCUGCGCUGACCAAGAAACACAAGAAGAAGAGGAGACGAGGACCGCGCAGACCUCAGAAGCCCAUUCCUCCAGCUGUGCCACAGGGCAACCUGGGAAUGCCCUACUCGCUUACACUGCCUACUCAUCAUACUCACAUCAGGAGUCCAUCUACACCUGAGCUCAGUGCAGACGAGCUUCCUGAUGACAUCACUAAUGAAAUGCCUGACAUUCCUCAUGAUCUUGAGCUGAAUCAAGAGGAUUUCUCUGACGUGUUGCCUAGACUAGCUGAUGAUCUUCAAGAUUUUGACCUCUUUGAGGGUAAGAACGGAGAGCUGUUGCCUACCACAGAGGAGGCAGAGGAGCUGGUCAGAGCCCUGCAGGCGAUGGGCUCGUAUCCUGACUCUCUGGUGUGUUUAUCCUCAAUAGGCGAACUGACCCCCACGGAUGGGGUUGACCACCGCUCCAUGGCCGUGUUCUCUGGAUCAGGAGUUACAGCAACAGGCAUUGGAGACCUUCUGAGCGGCCGCAUGGCCGCCGAGACCUUUCCUAAUUUAGAACUAGAGGGGAAUCUUCUCCAUGCAUCAACGGGCCAUCAUUUUCCCACGUCCACCUCUCCUCAGCCCACCCAGAGCAGCACCACAGCGCCCCCUACAAGCUCCAGCAGUGGAUUAACAGAACGAACGCUUUCCCGGGCUCCCAAGCCCGAAUCCUCCCCACCAGGUAGUCAUUACAGCGGUGAGCACAUGCCAUCCCCUUACCAAGAUCACAUCUCUCCCCCACACGGUGCCUCUUAUCAGACCGACCCACCUCUCUUGCUAGAGGUGGCUUUAAGCAGUGCUCCAGGGCCUCCACGCACCUCCUGGAAUAAUCUCCCGUUAUCUAUCACAGACCCGGCACAGUUCGGUAACCUCCUCACUGCUGAUACUCACCUCCUGUCAACGUCUCUUUCCACACCACCCUCCACCUCUCACUCUGCAAUCUUGCAGCCUAUUGCCGCACUAUCCGCUUUCUCCCAACCAGGCACGACCGGACUUGCUUCGUCCUCCCCUUCAUCCCGCGACCUGCUCGCCCCCACCCAACCUAAGCUACAGCUCCCGCAGUUUAGUGCUGCCUUUGGCCAUCAACUGGCUUCCCACAGUGGUAUCCCCAAAGACCUGCAGCCCAGCCAUAGCUCUACAGCGCCACCUACAAGCUUUACCAUCACUAGUGCAACCGCUGCCACCUCCCCUUUCCCUCAGAGCAACUGAGUCUGAUAGAAAGAUCGAGCGACAGGCCGUUCCGCCUUAACCCUUUAAAGGAAAAGUUUCCCGUCAUAUUUUAAAUCUGAUGUUUUUGAACGCAACCUCUAAAAGUCUACAGUGGAGUACACAAAAAAUGUUUAGCAGUAUGCACAGAACUUUUAGUUUGCGUUUAAAAGUGUCACAGGUCUGAAGUUUUUUGGCAUUUUUCAUUUUUAGGUAAACCAGGCUUUUAAAGCUCUGCAUUUGACAUCAUAGGCUAAUUUGAGUGCUACUGUGCUCGGCCUGUUUGUUGAUGUUAUUAUUCCACAGUUGUGUCCUGCCCUCACAUACCUCUUUUGCACUGACGUGGUGAUGGUGCUAAACGUUAACUUUAUAGUUACUACAUAAAAUAGCCACGAUCAAACAUCACAAUCUGUCAUCCUGUCUAAACCGGACGCUUUACUAUGCUAACCACAUCGGUGGCUUAUCGACUAGAAACAUUGAUGCUGAAUUCUCAGAGCAUUCAUUAACACAGACGAGCUGUGUUGAGCCAGUUACGGUUAAAUACAUACAGUAGGCACUUAGUGUAAACAUCUUCGUUAAUUAUAAUGGGGUAUUUUUGGUUUUUAAUAAGUUAUUUAAAUACAUAACAUCAAUUUGUAGUAAUUAAUUCACAUAUCAAAAAUAAUAUUAUGGCAAAAAAUCUCUUCAUUUUGAAUAGAUGAGUAAAAUAAGGUGGCUUCACAUUUGGCACUUAAAACUUAAGACAGCACCAAUAACUAUGAUGAGACCUAUUUAUCUAAAUUACACAAGGACAUUAUCUCCCCCAGGUUACUCCUGAGGUUCUGUUUUUAAAAGCCACUGUGGAAACGUGAAAUAAUGCCUGCGAGCACUAUGUUGUGUGGAAAUGGGCUAAUGGUUGUUGUAUAUGACUAGUGAAUCAUAUUCUAUCAGUAAUAAUCCCACAAUUCUCAUUUAAAGUAAUUCGUCAGAGUAGCAGGUUGUUUGUUUGCUUUCUGUUAGGAAGCUGCAUAUGUGUGUGCCGUUUAUACCUGGUAUUUAACAUGCAUCUCGUUUACGUCUCCCGUCACCUGUGACCACUUCUCAUCAGAUAUUGUCUGGGUGGACCGCAAUUGCUGUCUCAGCAUGUUGAAGCACCAACAGUUUUUGAAAAAGCACAAAGCUGAUCCCAUACAUACUGGAAUUUAACCACAGUAAUACUCCCAUAUUACAUUCUUCCCAUGCUCUGUUACUGCAUGUUGAUGUGACACCUACUGAAGAUACCCUGUGAUGUCUUGUUGCAUGUUCAGGUAUGGAUAAUUGUUUUCUUUUUAAAAUCAUACCGAUUUGCAAGGAUCAAACCCUUGUUUCAUUGCAUUGAUUAUGCAUUAUAUAACAGGAUGACUGGGAUGCAUCGGGAUGCAUUAUGAAUAUCAAGUAUAACCAGAAUCAUGGUGACAGUGGAGCUAGAAAGAACCUUAGUAUAGCCAACAAACUCUUUACAGCGCACAUCAUAUGAGCAGGUCUGAGGUUUACUU